AUGGCCUUCGCCACCCUCCUUUUCCUCCUCCUUUCUCAGUUCUUCUCCACCGCAGGAUCAUACUCCACAGUCAACCAUCUCCCUGGAUUUCCAGGACCUCUUCCAUUCCAACUAGAAACUGGAUAUGUGGGUGUGGGAGAUUCAGAUGAGUUUCAGAUAUUUCAUUACUUUGUUAAAUCCGAUCAAAAUCCCAAAACGGAUCCUCUUCUUCUUUGGCUCACCGGCGGCCCCGGUUGCUCUGCCCUCUCCGGACUUGUCUUUGAAAUUGGUCCCAUAAGUUUUAAGGAAGAAGAAGCAAAGGAGAGCAUUCCUCAACUAAUCUUAAACCCUUACUCAUGGACCAAGAAUUCUAGCAUAUUAUUUGUAGAUUUACCUGUGGGGACUGGAUUUUCAUAUGAUACAAUUAUUCCUUCCUCUUUUAAGCCAGGAGAUUUUAGUCAAAUUCAACAUUAUCUUCAAUUUUUCAGAAAGUGGUUGGUUGAUCAUCCAGAGUUUAUAACAAAUCCCUUCUAUGUUGGUGGAGAUUCAUACUCUGGUAUGAUUGUUCCUGUUCUUGCACAAAGAAUUGUUGAAGGAAAUACCAUACAUGAUGAAUUUCCAUUUAUAAAUUUCCAGGGUUAUAUAUUGGGAAAUCCUUAUACUAUUCGUGGUUCAAGUAAAAACUUUACAAUUCCUUUUGCUCAUAGGAUGACCCUCAUCUCUGAUGAAUUGUUUGAGUCAUUGGAAACAAGUUGUAAAGGAAAUUAUGUGAACAUUGAUCCAAGCAAUGUGGAGUGCUUGAGACAUUACAAGAUAUAUGAAGAGUGUAUUUCGAAGGUGGAGCCAGCAUGCAUUAUAUAUCCAACAUGUGUAUUUAAGUCUUCAAAGCAACAGUACGAUGUAUAUAAUGAACGAAGAUCUCUCAGUAGCAUUCCAACAUUGCUGCUUCAUCAAAACUCACAACUCUCUUCCCUUCGUUGCCCUGAGUUUAAAUACAAACUUUCUACAAAAUGGGCUAACACCGAUCAAGUUCAAAAAGCACUUAACAUACGUGAGGGAAGUAUUGGAGAGUGGAUAAGAUGUAAGGAUAAAAAGAUGUAUAAUUUUGAAAUCAACAGUGUUUUUGAUUAUCACAUGAUCCUUAGUUCUAAAGGAUACCGAUCUUUGAUCUACAGUGGAGAUCAUGAUAUGUUGAUACCGCAUUUGGACACUCAAGCGUGGAUCAAAGCUUUAAAUUACUCAAUUAUUGAGGAUUGGAGACCAUGGCUUAUCUCGGAUCAAGUAGCCGGAUAUACAAGAUACUAUGCAAAUAAUAUGACUUUUGCAACUAUAAAAGGUGGAGGGCACACAGCAGAAUACACGAAAAAAGAAUGCAGCGUAAUGUUCAACAGAUGGAUAUUGGGAGAAUCAUUUGUGGACUCUUCCUUGAAAUUGUAUUUGUUUGAAGGUCCCCUAAAUUUGAAGGUAGAGCCAUACAAUGGAAGCCUACCUCAGAUAAUCUUAAAUCCUCAUACAUGGACUAAGAACACAAGUAUACUAUUCGUAGAUUCGGUUGUGUACUCUGGAUUUUCGUAUCCUCGAACCCCACAUGGAGCUAAAAAAGGAGACUUCAUACAAAUCAAUCAAAGUCACCAAUUUUUGAGAAAGUGGCUUGCAGCUCAUCCUGAAUUCAUAUCUAAUCCAUUUUAUGUUGGUGGAGUCUCUUAUGCUGGUAUGAUUGUUCCACCUAUUACUCAAGCUAUCUCAGAAGGAAAUAAAUAUGGUGUCCCAGUUAUAAACCUUCAGGGAUAUAUAGUUGGAAACCCAGUUAGCGUACGUGGAAGAAAUGAAAAUUUAGCGAUUCCUUUUGCUCAUGGCAUGAACCUCAUCCCUACUCAAUUGUAUGAGUCAUUGACCAGUAGUUGCAAAGGAGAAUAUGUGAAGGUUGAUCCAAAUAACGUGGACUGCAUAAAACAUGUAUCAACCUACAAAAAGUGUGUGAGUAGAAUCAAUGUUUGGUGUAUUUUGCGUCGUUUUUGCAAACCCCCAAGUGAAAGACCUGAACCUCGAAGAUCUCUCUAUAACAGCUUUGAUGAUCAACAAUUGCUUCAGCUUCCUCAGAAAACCUUACCUCAAUAUGCUAUUGAUUGUGAAGAGUAUAAAGGCAAUCUCGGUUACUACUGGGCUAAUGAUGAUCGAGUUCAAGAAGCACUUCAUAUUCGUAAGGGGACAAUUCCAGAAUGGGAUAGAUGCAAUACUACUGAUGAUUAUGAGUAUGAAAUUUCGAAUGUCGUUCCUUAUCAUGCAAACCUCAGUCUUAAAGGUUAUCGGUCUUUGGUUUUUAGUGGAGAUCAUGACAUGAGAGUUCCGACCAUAGACACUAAAGAAUGGGUCGAUUCUCUAAAUUAUUCAAUUGUUGAUGAUUGGAGACCUUGGUUUAUUUUAGAUGAUCAAGUACUCGGCUACACAAUGACAUAUGCAAAUAACAUGACAUUUGCAACCAUUAAAGGUGGAGGACACACACCACAAUACACUGCGUACCAAAGCGGAAUAAUGUUCAAUAGAUGGAUAGUAGGAGAAGCUUUAUAAAAGAAAUAGGGGUGAAUAAUGUGUCCUUCUUACUCCCUCUAAAAACUACUUUAGUCCUCGGAAAAUUUUAAAUUAUGGGUUGGCGGGACAACAAGAAAAAAAAAAAAGAAAAAAAAAGGAUAAUUUUUAUGUAUGUUAAUGUGUACCUUGAAGGUCUUUUUCAUGACUUGAAAAUAAUCAAUUUGAAAUGUUUAAAA